CUAGGUAGGCACGACCACAGCUGUUUCACCAAUACCGGCUGCAUUCGCUUAUCCGCGUUCUCCAGUGAAAGUACUAACCGCAUUAUAUUCCCCGGCAGUUUAAACAUAACAAAUCAAUCGUGGUGGUGGAUAUUCUUUAGUCGGUUGCUCGUGUUUCGUUUGAAAGUACCGAUAUACCGGACCGAGUAAAAAUUCAGCGUGCGUUGACGGAAGUACCAUGGUGGAAGCUGCCGAAGAAUGGACGCCGGUUCUCAGACAGGAAGUACCCUUGAGGCAGCUAAACAGGAUAGCCCGGAAACCUCCUAUUGAUAUAGAGUUUCAAGAUUUGACUUAUUCUGUCAGGGAUUCUUAUUCCGGAAAAGGUUGGCGGCAGCUGUUAAAGUCGGUAAAUGGGAUUUUUCGUUCUGGAGAACUAACGGCCAUUAUGGGUCCCUCGGGAGCGGGAAAAAGCACCCUUUUAAACAUACUGGCCGGAUACGUUACUGCUGGUGUAAAAGGUAGCAUCAAAAUUAACGACAGGGCAAGGGACAUGCAUUUUUUUAAGAAAAUGUCAGCCUACAUCAUGCAGGAGGAUAUAGUCCAGCCCAGACUGACCAUUCGUGAAGCCAUGAUGUUUGCUGCUCGCCUAAAACUUGGUCCCGAAAUCGGGGAAUCAGAGAAAUUCUCAGUUGUGGAGGAAGUCAUCAAACUUCUUGGUCUGGAAAAGGCCAUGGAAACUAGAAGCGAGUACCUUUCUGGAGGACAAAGGAAACGUUUGGCCGUGGCUCUGGAAUUGGUCAACAAUCCUCCUGUCAUAUUCCUGGAUGAGCCCACAACAGGAUUAGACAACGUCGCUAUCAAGCAAUGCAUAGAACUCCUAGAGAAAAUUACGAAAAUUGGCAGGACAGUGAUUUGUACCAUUCAUCAGCCACCUGCAUCCUUGUUUCAAAACUUCGACCAGGUAUAUGUACUAGCCAACGGCUACUGUGUAUUUAAUGGAUCUCCAUCAUGUUUGGUUCCAUUUCUGUCAAAAGCAAAUUUCCACUGUCCAUCAACAUACACUCCUGCAGAUUACAUUAUAGAAAUAAUUCAGUCAAAUACAGAAACCAUCAGCCAGUUAAGUGGAGGAAUACAAAAUGGCAAAACAAACCUUUUAGAAGCUAGAAACAAGGAACCAGUGAUGAGAUCGAAGAGUAUAGACAUGUACGAGAUUUACCAAGAUACCACUCCACCAAUUUCUUCAAAUCAGGAUGGGGUAUUCCCUGUUUCAAUAUGGGGUCAGCUGGUCAUUUUACUCAGCAGGACCUUUCUGCAAAUGAAGCGAAACCACAGUUUGCUCUACAUCCAGUUCAUCCAUCAUUUAGCAUCAGGGCUAUUAGUAGGAGGCAUUUUUGUGGGCCUAGGAAAUGACGGAACACAGGGAUUGGCCCUUUUCAAGUACAUCCUCAGCGUGAAUGUCUUCUUCAUGUAUACCUACGUAAUGGUUCCUGUAUUAAUGUUUCCUUUAGAAGUAAAGAUGAUGAAGAGAGAAUACUUCAACAGAUGGUAUAGCCUUAAAGCAUACUAUUUGGCAUUCACUAUAUCAGCUUUACCCUUAAUGAUUCUUCUAAGUAUUAUGUUUAUCAUGAUAGUUUACGUCUUAUCAAACCAACCUAUGGACUUGGAACGAUUUGCAUGGUUCACGGCUAUGGGUCUAUCCAUAGGUUUAUGCUCGCAAGGGCUAGGUUUCGUGAUAGGAUCUACCUUUAGUAUAACUAAUGGUUCUGUCGUUGGUUCCUCAGCUUUAGCACCCUUAUUAGCCCUGGCAUGUUAUGGAAUGGGUUACAGGGCAGCCAUAGAACCCUUCAUGAAGAUCAUGAUAAGUAUUAGCUACCUCAGAUUUGGGGUUGUUGGAUUUUCUCUCACGCUAUUCAAGAACAGGGAACCUUUAGACUGUGACGAAAUGUACUGUCACUACAGAAAUACAGACCUACUGUUAAAAGACAUGGGAAUGGAGACUGCCAGUUCCCAAAUUCAGCUCUACGCCAUUUUGGCCUACACGAUAUUCUUCAGAAUUCUCGCCUAUUGCACCCUCAAAUACCAGCUGACGUCAGAACUGAGGAACAAAAUCGUCUAUUUGGCGACAAAAAUCGUCAGACAGAAAGAAUGAAAAAUUUUUGUACCUCCCAGGGACCCGAUCAAUCGAAAGUAUACGAAGAAAGUAUUGUUUGCACUUUCUUGCCAUCAGAUACAAAAACAUUCAUCGAAUAUAGGGAUGUGUAAAUAUGUAUAUUGAUAUUGUCGGUGGUCCGAAUAGUAUUCGGGAAACUUCGGCAGUAUAUUCUUCAGAUAAAAAUACAUAAAAAAGCUUGGUUAAAUGUAUGUCUUAAUAUGCUUCAUUUCGGAGAUACAGGGUGUAGAAGAAUAAUUUCAAAAGAGGCCAUUUUUACGUAAAAAAACGGCGGAAAUGUAUAUUUUUUCACUCAGUAGUUUUAUACAGGUACGGACGAGAAGUUAUUACUCUUCAAACCAGUUAAAGAACAUGUAUGUAGCGUCUCCUGCAAGUAGGAGGCAUAUCGACAUCAAAAUCGAAUUUCUCAUAUCAAAAAACUCCAAGACACUAAUUUUCAUCUAAAUAUUUAUGUUAGUUCAAUUAAAAAAUUAUUUGAAAAACAAAAGAAAUAAAAAUUAAACUUCUACUACGGAAAUACACACUGUAUUUCCGAACUUUUUUACUUAUUUUUAUCUGCAGAAUAUGAUGUCGAAGUUUCUCGACUAUAAUUCGGACCACCCUGUAUAUUAAAGGAUAUCGAUAUAUGUAUAUUACUUAUAACGAUAUUUUUUAUCCUACAAAAAUUAUUUUUGUUAUACAAGGUGUUUCUGAAUUGUUUUACUGAGUGUUUCUUGAAGUUGUUUUUCAAGAAUUUUUUAGGUAAAGUCAUUGUAUAGUUUAUAUAAACAUUUGUCGUAAAAUACUUAAUUUUCGAGAUACAAUGUGUCAAAGUUUUAAGAACAAAUUUUAGCAAUUUUGCCGUACAUUAAAAUGUUCUUAUUUUUUGGUGCAAAAACCGUUCGUCUGACAGAAUAACCAAGAAACAUAACUUGUUCUAAACGAGGAUUCUAAAAAUAAUUUCUUUUUAAGAAAAAUCGUGCCGUGCUUUUUUUUCUUCAACGCCACUGGAGAAAAUUUGAGAAAAUAUUUAUCAACAAAAAAUGCCCCUUAAUUAAAUAUAAUAAUACCUGGAUAUGAAAAAGCAUGUUUUUUUCUUAAAACUUUGACACCUUGUAUCUCGAAAACGAAGCAUUUGAAGACAUAUUUGAAAUUCAUAUAAAAUAAACUUUUACUCACAUGAUUAAGCUUGACUGGCACAGCGUUGUCCACUAAGUACGUAUUUUCUUUUAAUCAAAAUAUUUUAGGAAACAAAAAUAAAUUAAUUAAAAAUAUAUUAUAUUAUUAUAUAACAGUUAUUAUUUACAUCAACAAAACUCACCUUCUUAACAGCACUUAGGGGACAUAAAUGGCCAUUACUACCGCUCUCCCGCUUAAAAUAUUCUAAUAAACCUGCGAUGAGUUUUUUCACGGCUAUUGAGCUAUAUUUUGUACACUUUGCACUAAAAGAGGUUCUAAAAAGAACAAUGUUCAGCUGCAAGUUCUGCUACUAAACUUUUUUAAGCUUGGAGUAUCACAACACAAUUAUUCAUUUAAACCAAAAACUCGUAAACAAAACUAAAGUGUCAAAACAAAUGACUGUCAGGAAAUAAAUAAAUAAAUGUGGCAACUUGACAUUUUUUCAGCAGAGCUACCACCUGAAUCCCUAGCGGGAAAUUUAAUUUCCAGUUAGUCAGUCAGCCACCGAAUAGGUCCAUGGUUGGCAACAAUGAAUUUAAAAAUUGCGCUCUCGAUUACGUAACUAAAAGUUUAAUAGGUAUGAAAUUUAUUUGCUUAUAUAAACUUUUUAUCUUGAAAAAUCAUGCUGUGAAAUAUCAGACAAUUCUUCAGAAACACCUUGAAUAUUAUUUCCAACCUAUUGUUCAACAUCCAUCCCUUCUCUAGGAGAUAGUUUCCCGAAUUAUGCCCCAAAGUAUCUUUAAUUUAUUGUUGUAGAAAAUUAGAAUUUGUACACUAGACGCGUGAUAAUUAUUGUUACAAAUAAAAUUUGUAUAUAAAAAG